AUGCCUUCUCCAGUUAUUAACGCGAUGAUCGAGUCCUAUGCCCUCAUGGUGAUGGUAAUGGGAACAUUUUUUGUCUAUUUCUGUGGCAUGGUUUGGGCUUUUUGUAACCCAAAACUGAGCGGUGGUGAAGAUGGCUGCAUUGAAGUGGACCUCAGGGACCAGCCUCAGACCUGUGCACCGCAUCUGUCAGUGGUGCCACCCUACUCCCAGACGUAUAUAAACUUUUGGGACGACACCGACAGCCUGAUCACAACCUGCAGCGGAUUUCACCACGAGGAGCUGGGAAUAAACAACAUCACAGCUGUGCAUGACAUAGACUGA